GGGAAGAUUACCUCGUCGAAAAUUUCUCCGAUAAAAACCUAUUUUCAUGAUGGAAAGUGACCGUAUAAUCCGAUUUCACUGGGCCGAUUACCUUCUGUUCGGUCUAGUGCUUCUAGUGAGCGCCGCAAUCGGAAUUUACUAUGGCAUUAUUGGCUCAAAACAACAACAAACCACCAAAGAUUUUUUUCUUGGUGGCAGAAACAUGAAACUUUUGCCAGUGACCUUGUCUAUUUUAGCCAGUUUCAUGUCAGCAGUGUCGGUUCUGGGGACACCGUCUGAGAUAUAUUCGUUCGGGACACUAUACGUCAUGCUCUUCAUAUCAUACUUCAUAACAUUUCCGAUAGCAGCCCAGAUCUAUCUACCGAUGUUCCACAAAUUACAGUUGACCAGUGCUCAUGAGUAUCUUGAGCUGAGGUUCAACCGAGUCAUAAGAAUUCUUGUCUCUGCCGUGUUUAUUCUCCAAAUGCUUCUGUACAUGGCAAUAGUGAUAUAUGCUCCAGCUUUAGCAUUUAGUCAGGUGAGUGGCCUGCCGAUGUGGGUGUCCGUCUUAAGCAUAGGGCUCGUCUGUACAUUUUAUACAGCGCUGGGAGGCAUGAAGGCUGUGAUGUGGACCGAUGUCUUCCAAAUGUUGAUUGUCUAUGCUGGCCUGCUUGCUGUUGUCAUCCAAGGAGUAAUCAUGAUAGGUGGCUUUGGUGAGGUGUGGGACCGAGCCCUGGAGGGUGGGCGAAUCAAGUUCAUAGACUUCAACCCGAGUCCAUACGAGCGCCAUACUCUGUGGACCUUGGUGUUUGGUGGCACGUUCACAGUCCUGUCAAUAUAUGGCUCCAACCAAGCCAUGAUCCAACGAUACCUUAGUAUGCGCAAGCUAGAAGAUGCUCAAAAAGCGGUGUACAUUGCCAUGAUUGCGACAUUCCUCUUUUUGGUCCUGUUGUGUUUGACGGGAGUCGUCAUGUACGCGUAUUAUCACGGUUGUGAUCCGAUUAAACAGGGUUUGGUGACGCGAGGUGACCAGCUUCUUCCAUUAAUGGUGCUAGAAGUGCUCGGAGUUUACCCCGGGUUGGCUGGAUUGGUGAUGUCAUGUGUCUUCAGUGCUGCAUUAAGCACUGUGUCUUCGGGGGUGAACUCACUGGCCACUGUCUUUCUCGAAGAUCUCAUCAAGCCAAUAUACUACAGGGUAAAAGAACUCAACAUGGAGGAGGGAAUGGCAACAGUUAUAUCAAAGAUUCUAGCUGUUGUCCUUGGGUUCACCACGCUGGGUCUCGCUUUCCUCGCAAAGUUGAUGCCUUCCACUCUUGUACAGAUCUCACUGAGUAUAUUCGGCAUGGCUGGCGGGCCGAUACUCGCUGUCUUCACGGUGGGCAUGUUUCUUCCUUUCGUUAAUUCUUGGGGUGCCGGGGUCGGUUUCUUCCUAAGCAUUGUCACAUCAUUCUGGUUGGGCAUCGGAGCUGUCGUAGUCAAGCAUCCCCUGCCGGUUCUUCCAGUAUCAACCAAUUCAUGUGCCAUUGUCAACACCUCGUUUACUGAGAAUGGGUUCGAAAACAUGACAACUAUUUUGACAACCAUGUCCACAGAAAGUCCGACAAUCUCUGUCCUGCCAACAACGACCUCCACAGGGUAUAGUGAUAUCUACAAAAUCUCCUAUUUAUACUACAGUCCUAUCUGUAUCAUUGUGAUGUUUUUGGUGGCUCCUCUUGUUAGUUGGAUGACAGGUUUCAAUAGAAGAAAAAAGGUCGAUAGGAGGUUAAUCUACCCCCUCUGUGAUCGCAUUUGCUGUUGUUUGCCGGAAAGGGUGCGACGAUUUCUCCGUUGUGAAACUCAAACUUUUGUAAUUGCUGAAUCGACAUAUGACCCAGUUGAAAAGCCCAUAGAACUGGGGUCCAACGGACAGGUUAUUCCAACCAACCAAUCACAAGUCGUUCUGACUGACCAAGACGCGUCCUCAAAUUCAGGUGAAGUGAACUUUGCCAAUAGUAACGUGGAGGAAUGUCCUAUCCAUGACACGGAUGUUGUGCUGAAUGGAAAAUAUCAAUCACUAAAGCAGAGAACUACAGACGAAACUGAAGGAUUAUAGCAUUUGCUGUCUCGAUAGGAGACGUUAUUUUCCACUGGUCAAAAUCGGGAUGAAAUAUUCCUAGAACACUGGCCCUUGAUUAGGGUGUAGAGGUCUGAUUUUGAUUCCGACCUGAUCUCUAGCAUUAGCGAAUCAAAUUCAUUUCUGUGUUAAAUUUUUAAUCUGUGUACGCCUUAUAUGUUCAUCUAAGGGGUCGAAAUGCGAAUGGUGCAAGAACUAGUUUUGUAAUAGUUUUCUCUUCGUAUAAAUCCAAAUCAUGGAAAUUCAUCACUGUGAAAUCUCCAAGUCAUGAUUCUAAAACUUGAGGGCCAGGAAAUAAAGGGGGUUUACAGUAUCGUUUUGGCUGGAGUUAAUUUGAGAAACCGUUUUGUGAUUUAAACAUAUCAAUAAAGUCAGGGCCUUGAUUUGGUCUUUGCUUUGACAUAUCAUCGGAGAUGAAAUUGGUUGAUGAAAUUUUGUUUUUAAGACAAAAUUUUAUGUUCGCUGCCUUAAUCUAAUGAUAAUGCAUUAGAGUUGAAAUUUGCACAUUUCAAGUCGGUGUUUGCCUCUCAAAUUUGGGAGGCAAACACCAGAUUAAUUUGGUAAUGUUUGCAAAUGCUGUAUUUGCAUAUAAACGGUUAUUUAAACAUUACUAAAUCGAUAGUUUUCAAGAUGGUGACUGAGCUGUGGUGAAUAACUGUACCGUAUUUGUGAUUUAGGUGCCAUUGUAAGAUAAUGACCAUGUGGCAUGAGCGUUAGUUCAAAGAGUGAUUUUUGUGAAGAAAAAAAAUAACGGAAAAAAAUAGGCACGAGUUAAGUUUAACACCUGGUUAGUGACUUGUGUGGAAUUAAAGUUAACGUCCGGUUAUUGGCACCUGGUUCGGUGUUAAACUUAACACCUGGUUAGUGACUUCCCAUUUGGUGUUCAUCAUCAUCAUCAAUAAUAUCUAAGGCAGUGUCCUGUGGAUAUGGAUAUUGACGGUUUGCAAAUGCUUUUGAAACGCGAGCCGCGCAGGUGUGAUUGGUGUUGAGCUUGUUCUACAGUAUGUUUCAUUGCAGUGAGAUCACAACUUAAAACAUUGUCCUUUGACUCUCUCGCUAGGCAGUUUUAAAAAUGAGGUGCCUAGCCAACGUUAAUUCCCUUAAAAGUCAAAUCUAAGGUCUCGCCAAGUUUUGUCCAGGGCGGCCUUGAAGCCCUGUACUGUCUUGACUGCGACAACAUCACCUGGCAGGUUAUUCCAUGGGUUCACGACCCGCUCACAGAAACUCAGUCGCCUCAGUUCGGUGUUCACUCGCCUUUUUGGCUCACCGUAGGGGAGUCUAUACAACACCGCAGUGUCCGUCGUCCGUCGUCGUCGUCGUCGUCGUCGUUGUCCGUCGUAUCCUAGUUCAAAAACAGUGGCACGUUUUUUAACCGCUAGGCCUAUGAACUUAAAACUUUGAACACAUGACCCCCUAGGUCAGAUGACCCGUGACACUAAAUUUCUGUCCGAUCUGAUUCUCUACUUGGCCACCAGGGGGCCAAAUGUGGAUAUCUAAAAAGUGUGAUAUCUCGCUUAUUAGUGACUUGUUUUCGAUAAAAUUUUUGUGGUAGGUACUCAUAGCAAGGAUACAUCAUAUAUCUUACGGGUUUUUAAUUUGAUCUACUUUUCAAGGUCGCAGAGGUCAAAUGGCGUGAAUUGGCCGUUUGAGUGUAACUAUGGCACGUUUCUCAACCACCAAAGCUAUUAGCUUGAAACUUGGUACAUAUAACCCCCUAUAUCAGAUAACCUCUGGUGCUGAAUUUCAGCCUGAUCUGAUUCUUGACUUUGCCACCAGGGGGCCAAAACAGAAAAAGUAAGAAGUGCAAUAGCCUGUUUAUUAGCAAAUUGUUUUUGAUGAAAUUUUUAUGGCAGGGACCCCUAGCAAGGUUACCUCAGAUGUUGCACGAUUUUUCGGAUUUGACCUACUUUUUAAGGUCGCAGAGGUCAAAUGGCGUAAAUUUGCCGUUUGAGUGUAACUAUGGCACGUUUCUCAACCGCAACAGUAAUGAACUUGAAACUUUGAACAAAUGACCCCCUAGGUCAGUUGACCUUUUACACUGAAUUUUGGUUCGGUCUGAUUAUUGACUUGGCCACCAGGGGGCCCAAACUCAAAACUCAAAAAGUGUGAUUUCUCGCUUAUUACUGAUUUGUUUUUGAUAAAAGUUUCAUGUUAGGUACUCCUAGCAAGGAUACAUCACAUAUCUUAUGGGUUUUUGAUUUGACCCACCUUUCAAGUUCACAGAGGUCAAAGUUGAAAACUUUACCGUUCUUGGUACGUUUUGUUGUUGUUCAAUGUAAAGGGUUUUAAUUUUGUGUAAUGAUGCAUCUAAGAAGCCACUAUUUGUAUGCCAAGUUUCAGCCAGAUCGGAAUUCAAAUAUGGCCGAAAUUUCAUGUUUUGUGGGUUUUUCCUCGUAUUGUGGCAAUCCAAAGGUCGUGAGUUCAAACCCCGGUCAAGGACAGCCAAAAAUAUUUUUAUUUUUCAUCUUUUCCUUUUUUCUUUUCUGAGUUCUAUCUUACAUUUUCUUCAUUAUUUGAUUUAUUUGGUGCCAUAGAUUUAAUUAGGCGGCCAUCUUGGAAAUCGUUUUUUGCCGAUUGCUGUAGUGUAACGAGUGAUGAAAUUGUUAUGGUCAGGUGGAUGUGUCUACAUCACAUAUCACCCUGGUUUGUUAUUUGACCUACCUGUCAGGGUCACUGAGGUCAAAGUUAAAAAUAUAUUCACCAUUGUCAUACUGUAGCACUUUCUGUAACUGUCUACUAAAAAUACUUACGGUGAGCACAAUGGCCCCUGGCCGUUUCAUUUUUUGAAGCUUGUGGUCGUGGCCCCUGGUCCGCCGUAAGUUCACUGGGGCAGGGGGGAGCAGUUUCUCGACAUCCCCACCACUAAGUCCUUGGAUAUACUUGAAGGUCUGAAUCAUAUCUCCUCUAGCUCUCCUGUAGGCCAGAGAGUGGAGGUUCAGCGUUUCUAACCUUUGAUGAUACGGCUGGGUUCUUAUCGCUGUGGCCAGUUUAGUUGCCCUCCUUUGGACAGACUCUAGGGUGCUCUUAUCUUUCUUAUGCUUUAAGAACAGGGCCUGGUUGCAGAAUUCAAGGUGAGGGCGCACUAGCGUAGAGUAAAGCGUCUUUAUCACAGGCACACUCCUCGAUGACACGUUACGUUUAAUUGUCCAUAGGAUCCGGUUUGCCUUUGCUGCAGUGUCCGUGACGUGUUGGGAAAAAGAGAGAUUUGGAGUGACUUUAUACCCAAGGUCUUUCUCGGCAUCGCUAGCUCUUAGGUUCGUCCUCGCAUGGCCUAGUCCGAUUGAGUAAUCCACACAUGGGUUAUUACACCCGAUAUGUAGGCAACUACAUUUGACGGGGUUCGGGGUAAGUAGCCAUUUCAGGCACCAGCGACUCAGCCUGUCAAUGUCCUCCUGUAGGAUAAGACUGUCCAGGAUCCUCCUGAUACUCCUAUAGAUUUUCAAAUCAUCUGCCAGAAGCUUUCCACUUGAGUCGAACAUCUGUGGUAUGUCGUUGACAUACAGGACGAAUAGGAUGGGCCCCAGGACACUGCCUUGGGGGAUCCCACUCAUCACUGGACUCAUUUCCGACGCUACACCCUGUACUGUUAUGUACAUAGUACGGUCCGUGAGGAAGCUCCGUGUCCAUUUUAACAACUGUUCGCAUACACCCAUGGCCUGCAGUUUGAUUAACAAGCGACGAUGUGGCACUGUUUCGAACGCCUUGCUGAAGUCGACGUAGAUCACAUCGACAGGCUCCUUGUUGUCUAGUCGCUGAGUGAUGUCAUCAAAUGUCUCAAUGAGGUUUGUCUGACACCCCUUCCUCGGCAGGAAGCCGUGUUGAUGGCUUCAGGUGACCAGAUGAUACCAUGAAUUCUAGGAACGCCUCCCUGAUGAAUGACUCAAGUAUCUUGCAUAGUGUUAAAAUUAACAUCUGGUUAGUGACUUCCGGUUGGGUGUUAAAGUUAAUGUUUGGUUAGUGACUUCCCGUUUGGUGUUAAAGUUAACGUCUGGUUAGUGACUUCCCGUUUGGUGUUAAAAUUAGCACCUGGUUAGUGACUUCCAGUUGGGUGUUAAAGUUAACGUCUGGUUAGUGACUUCCGGUUUGGUGUUAAAGUUAACGUCUGGUUAGUGACCUCUGGUUUGGUGUUAAAGUUAACGUCUGGUUAGUGACUUCCGGUUUGGUGUUAAAGUUAAAACCUUGUAAGUGAUUUCCGGUUUGGUGUCAAAGUUAACAUCUUGUUAGUGACUUCCUGUUUGGUGUUGGAGUUUACACCAGGCUAGUGACUGGCAGUAACUACUUUUAAACUACUUGGCCCUGGUGUCAGAUGAGAUAAAAUGAUCAUGAAUCUUGUAUUUUCCUUAUUUGGUAAGGUGGUACAGUUACAACCAUAUUACAAUUAUAGCAUUUGUGUAUAUAUGAUGUUUACUGCCAACUGUUUUCUGCACUGUCAGUGCUUUAAUUGUAGCAGGGAUAAUUGUACCACUUCACCUUACCAUUUGGAAAUAAAGAUUGCGUGAAGAAUUGCAUCCCUUGCUAGAAUAGUAUUUACCACCGUUGUUGUGAAAAAUGAUCUCGAUAUACAUGAAAACGCAUGUAUGUUAAAUUUGUGGUGUGGGUUGAGUCCAUUUCAAAAUCAUGUCUCAGUAGACACUGAUUCUACUCUCAAAAUGCUUGUCGGCUGGUUGCUUGAGAUUUGGUAGUUUCGUUUGAAUUUCUUAUAAUAAGGCAAUAUGGUAAACGCCAAAAUGUGUGCAUUUAUUUUCGCCUUUGAAUAAAUGAUCACAAAAAUAUAUGGCCGAAAAAAAAACGCUUAGAGGGUUGUCUGAAUGUCAACUUAAAGGGACAACUUGGGUAUGAGAUAUGUUGGUUUUUCAUAGAAAAAUGGCUUCCAGCAGGACCGUGACAUCACCAGACAGGAUCAUUAAAAAAUAGUGGAACUGCAAUAAACAAUGCACUAGAACGGGGUGAAAUUCACAAGCCAAGUCCAAAACUGCCUCGUAACACUUGCGAAAAUCAUUAUUGGAGAUCAGCAUUGGUGUGAUGCCACAGGUGGCGGCGCAUGGUGGCCAGAAGGGGUAUUAUCCUCCUGGCUUGGUGAAUCCUGCACCCAAGUUGUCCCUUUAAAGUCACCAGUACACCAAAGAUGUGAUUUCAUGAAAGUGCAAAAGUAUGAUGGCCAGAAUUAUUUUUGAGUUUACUGUAUGUGUCUUUCGACAGUGUGAUGAUGUCGCGACAGUUUUUGGGGUGUUUAGCUCACCUGGGGUGCUUAUGUCAUCACCUCUUGUCUGUCGUCCGACAACAAUGGUAGCACGUUUGCUCACUGUUGAGUCUAGGAAGUUGAAACUUGGUGUGUGGAUGUCUUAUGACAACAGUGGCUGGCAGGUCAAACUCUAAAAGUGUCAUAGAUAGUGCCACAAUUUGUCAUAUUAUAAUGUUUAUUUAACCUCCAUGUCUCAUUUCAUCUGGCACUUAAUCAUUCCCAGGUGAGCACAAUGUCCCCAGGACAUUUUGACAAUGGGUGCAGGGCUUCUUAUUUUGUAGUGGUUCAAGGAACUGGCGGAGCAUUCGGCCACUGUGAAGUAUUCAGGGAUAUGGGACUGAACUUGAAAGUUGAUGUGUGAGACAUCCUGUGAUCAGUUUGCAAUUCAUGUCAUUUACAUAAUGGUUCAUGGCAUCACAUUAUUUUAGGCCUACGCCGUUCGUUAAAAACUUUGAAUUUUUUAAUUGAAUUUAAAAUGUCCAAUUGCGGAAAUACGUACUAAAUAUAAAUUUCAACAUUGCUGUUGUGUAGACUGAUAUACAAAUACUAUGAAUACCAAGUUUAAACAAAUUUGUAUUCAUAAUAAAUGCACUACGGCAUUGUGUAUUAGUGGAUUUCUAUUUGACUGGACAACAUUACGAAUGGCGUACCCCUUUAAAUAGUUGCAUGGUUCAAUCAUCCAUCAUAAAAUGUUCAUGAAGGUAUUAAAAUUGUUUUGAUAAGUGAUAAUGAGAAUUGUGUGAAUCGACUUGCCAAGGCCGUUUCACAUGGAUAAUACAUUUGUGUGUACAUAUUGAUCAAACUCUAUUUAAUAAAAAGAAAAAUGC